AUGACUGAUAUACGAUUCGAUAGGGCAAAUGGAGGGCAGAUCGAUGGAACAUUGAAGGGUACUGAUUUCUUGUUUCUUGGUGAAUGGCUUGUGAAGAAUGGUAAAACUGGUAAAGCCGAGGUAUCCGACAAAAAGGGGAGAAUUGCAAUCGGCCAAAGCCCCAUAGAGUUCGGACGAGAAUGUCGAAUGGUUAAAUUCGUUAGAUAUAUUUUGAUGUUGGAGUCUGAUUCUCUCAUUCUCUCGAGGCAAAGAGAACAUGCCGAGGGUAACAUCAAAGGUAGAAAGCAUUCGAGCUCAGUAAGCUACGGCUGUUGCAGAAUUGGUCAAGGCAAAAGCGACAUUGAAGACAACUUCUCCUACGUCUCCUACGGCAUCUUUGGAAAAAACCCAUUAAUGCUGGUUGUUGUCUAUGAAUAUCUUCCAUCUUCCUGGUCUAGAACAAUUGACGCGCAAUAA